AUGGCCCUCAAGCUGGUAGGGAACUUUCCAGUCCAGCCCGACAGGGUUUGGUGUGCUGCCCCUCACCCCCAUCUGCCUCUCGUUGCGACAGCUUCGACCGAUAGGGCGGUGAGGAUAUAUUCCCUUCGGGACUUUUCCCUUGUCAGCACCAUCGAAGGCGGCCACAAACGCUCUGUACGUUCCAUAUCAUGGAAACCAAACGCCAAAGGCGAAAGCGUUCUUGCAACCGGAAGUUUUGAUUCUUCCACUGGAAUUUGGCAUCGAGAAGAGCGUGGCACCCAUGGUGACGGAGAGCAGUCGCUCGAAUUGAACUCUGAAGAGCGAGAGGAGGACGAAGAAUGGAGGUUUGCCGUGGUACUGGACGGACAUGAUAGCGAAGUCAAGAGUGUGGCCUGGAGCGCUGGCGGUUCCUUUUUAGCCACAUGUUCCAGAGACAAGACGGUUUGGAUUUGGGAAGACAUGGGCAAUGAAAACUACGAAACUAUAGCCGUGCUUCAGGACCAUUCACAGGAUGUUAAAAUGGUAGCCUGGCACCCAGAAGAAGAGCUACUCGCAUCCUCUUCUUACGACGAUACAAUCAGGCUCUACAAGGAAGAUACCGAUGAUUGGGUAUGUUGUGCUGUCCUAACAGGUCACACUUCGACCGUCUGGUCCAUAUCUUUCGAGAAUAAUGGACACCAAUCCAGACUCGUUUCCGCAUCGGACGACCAAACGGCAAGAGUGUGGCAUCGCAAGCCAAAGCCUGAAAAAAAGGAGGAGGAGGAGGAGGAGGAGGAGGAGCCAUCUAUGCAACCACCUUCCAUCAUAAAAGGAACAGCAGACGAAACGGAGAAUUGGGAAGAGCAGGCUUGUCUUCCGAAGGUUCACACACGAACAAUAUAUUCAGUGGACUGGAGCAAGAAGACUGGUCUUAUCGCAACUGCUGGUGGAGAUGGCCGGAUUGUCUUGUAUAAAGAGGUCGGCACUGAAAAUGGUCUACCAGAUGCCGAUUCGGGAGCAAGCAAAGAAUGGAAGGUAAUUGCGCAGGUGCCAGCUGCGCAUGGUGUUUAUGAAAUCAAUUCGGUGACAUGGUGUCCAAAAUGGGAUAAACUGGGAACCACAAUUGACGGAGAACUUUUACUGAGCACCGGGGAUGACGGUAUUGUAAAUAUUUUCGAGUUUAGUCUAUAA